CAAGUAGUAACCAUGGCGUGGAGAGAACACAUUGCCUUCCUCCUCCUCAUCACCCUCUUCUUCCCUUCCAUCUUCUCUUUGUCAAAUUGUGCUGUUGCAGCAAGGCGAACGCUCAUGGGGCAACCUGCGGUCAAAGCAGGCUAUUGGCCGACAUGGACGUUCUCUUAUUCUCCACCCUCCUCCGUUCAGUUCUCCUACUUCACCCACGUCUUCUACGCCUUCGUCCAGGUCGAUUCCGCCACCUUCGGGCUCGCCAUCGCCGCCGACGACGACCGCAUGCUCAGGAACUUCACCGCCGCCGUCCACGCUCACCCACCCGUCAAAAGCCUGCUCUCGAUAGGCGGCGGCGACAGCAAUUCCGCCUUCGCGGCGCUAGCCGCCGAUCCCGCCUCCCGCUCCGCCUUCAUCAACUCCACCAUCACCGUCGCCCGCGAGUAUGGCCUCGACGGCCUCGACCUCGACUGGGAGUUCCCAAAGGACGCCAAGGAGAUGGACGACUUCAGCGCGCUCCUCCUCGAGUGGCAAGCCGCGGUGGUGUCAGAGGCUGCGGCCACCGGCCGCCCGCGCCUCCUCCUCACGGCGGCCGUCUACUUCGCGCCGCGCUUCUUCCUCAGCGACGACCAGAGGUCGUACCCGAUCGAGCAAAUGGCCACGGCGCUCGACUGGAUCAACGCGAUGUGCUACGACUUUCACGGCUCCUGGGACACGACGGCCACCGGCGAGCACGCGGCGCUGUACGACCCGAACAGCAACAUAAGCACGAGCUACGGGCUGGAGUCAUGGGUGGCCGCCGGAAUGCCGAAGAAGAAGGUGGCGAUGGGCAUGCCGCUCUACGGGAAGACGUGGAAGCUCAAGGACCCGAGCCAGAACGGUAUCGGCGCGCCGGCAGUGGGAGUCGGCCCCGGGGAAAACGGGGUGCUCGUGUACUCCGAGGUGGUGGCUUUCAACAAGAACACAAGUGCGACGGUGGUGCACGACGAAGUGACGACGGCGGCUUACUCCUACGCCGGGACGAGCUGGGUCGGCUACGACGAUCCGUGGUCGGUGACGAGGAAGAUAAACUAUGCCCAGCGGCUCGGCAUCGGCGGCUACUUCUUUUGGGCAAUCGGAUACGACAAAGAUUGGAGUGUCUCCAGUACAGCUUGGCGUGCAUGGAAAAAUAAGUGAGCAAUGGAUUGCUCGUCUUCACUUGUUGCAAAUGGAUACCUCCUUUCAUGUACUCUUACAAUAAUAAGAUCCUUCAAUUAUCGCAUUUAUAAUAGAAUAUUGUAAUAAAGAGGAUCCAAUUUGUAUUUAUGUUUGUUAUAUC